GAGGCCGCCCUGUGAGGAGCGCCGGGGCACACACUUUUCUUCGUUUACCAAGUGAUCCAGAUUAGGAAAGAAAAAAAAAAACUCAGGCACUUUCAAGACCAUGAGGAAGGCAGACUGCUGCCACUGGGGUUGUCAGCUCCACGACCACCAUUGACAACAGUGCAAUGUGAAGCACUUAAAGUAUUCAUUGAAAGAGCAGAGUAAGACACCUCAUCAACCAACUCAAACCCCCUCUUUUGAAUCUACUGCAUUUACUACAUUUUGCCCCUACCCCACUUCUUUCUACUGGUCAAGCAUGUGUGUGGCAGGAUGCCGUCAUCACUGGAUUGCAAGGUUUAUGUAGGUGACCUUGGCUCAGGAGCAUCCAAGCAGGAGCUUGAGGAAGCUUUUUCCUACUAUGGCCCCCUCAGGAAUGUGUGGGUGGCUCGAAACCCUCCUGGUUUUGCCUUUGUAGAAUUUGAGGAUGUCCGUGAUGCUGAGGAUGCUGUGAGGGGCCUUGACGGCAGGACAAUAUGUGGGCGACGAGUCCGUGUGGAGCUGUCAACAGGCAAGUCACGAAGUCGUUUCCGGGGUCCACCACCUCGCCGUGGCCGCCCAUUCCACCCGGAGGACCGCUGCUACGAGUGUGGAGAACGCGGCCACUACGCAAGGGACUGCUAUAGGUACAGCCGGCGUUAUGGAUCCAGAUACUCCAGGUCCCGGAGUCGCAGUCGGAGCCCUCGCCGUCGCAGAUCCUACACCCGCUCUAGAUCACGGUCUCGCAGCAGGAGCAGGGACCGCUCUCACUCCAGAGACCGCAGCAGGUCCAGGGACAGGUCCAGGUCUCGCUCCCGCUCAAGGGACCGCAGUCGCAGCCGCACACGAGAGAGGUCAAGAUCACCUUCCAGGGAUAGAGAUCGUGAGAGGGAACGCUCUCGCAGCCCAGAAGACAGAGGAGACAGGAGUAGAUCCCGGACCCCCAUGGAGAAUGGCAGCCCUAAGAAGGAUGAUGACACCAAUGAGUGAUGUAUGCAACUUCUCAAAGGUUCUCAACCUGCAACACAUUAUUUUGUACUUUCAAUAAAUGUUUGAUUGAUUCGUAGUCAGUAGUUGUGUCAGGUUUCCAAGUACUGUCGGAUCAUUAACAUGUAAGUGUGCAAGCAGUCUACCCCAAACUUUUUAUUUGAUUGUUGUCUUAGUGCUUGGUUUACUCAGACUACUGAAAAAAAUUGUAUUGGAUUCUAUUUCAAUAAACCUAUGAUGACAGUG